AACUGCAUGUGAUAUUUUUAACUUUUAAAUACUAGUACUUUAUUAUAUUCAUCUUCACUCACUUGCACUUGCCUCAGUCACUUCUUGCUCCUCUCUCUCUCUUUGUCUCCCUAUCUCAACAAUUCCGGUAUAUAUCAACCUUUCUUCAUCAAACACCCCACGAGCCUCUCCCAACAUUUUCAAUCUCUCUCACAACACCAAAACAAAACCUCCCCACUCUUCAAUUAUUCUCAUUCUUUCUCUCUUAGACAUUUUCACAAACACAUGCUGCUCAUUAUUUCUCACCUAUAGAUUAGAUUCAACCUUUCAAACCCAACAACACACAAACCAAUUCAUGGCUCUUGAAACACUCCUCUUCAAGGUCAAAACCGCCAUUUCAAACAGCUUCGACUCUGUUCCACCCAAACUUCUCAAGAAGAAAACCACUUCAUUCAAGAAACCAAAAAGAUACGUCGCCGUUUUAGCCUUCGAGAUCGCGGGUGUUAUGUCGAAGCUUCUUCAUCUUUAUCAAUCUCUCUCCGAUGCUACCAUCGUGAGAAUCCGAAACGACGCCGUUACGCUUGAAGGUGUUCGGAAGAUUAUCUCCAAUGAUGAAUCUUUCUUGCUCGGACUCGCUUGCGCCGAGUUUACCGAGGCCCUUCGAGUCGUUGCUAACUCGGUUACCCGACUCAGUCAACGCUGCGAGGAUCAUAAUCUCCGGGAUUUUCACCGGGCUUUCCUCGAGUUUGCUGAUUCGGGCCGUGAUUCAAACGGGUGGGCUCUCUCUGGGCCGAAGGAAACUGAAGGUAAGUUCAGGAAAAUGGAACGUUACGUGAUGCUUACGGCAAGUUUGCACCGUGAAAUGGAGGAGCUUUCUGUUUUGGAAAAUGGGUUCAGAAAAGCUUUGAAUUUGAAUCAUCAUCAUCAUCAUCGUCGUAAUAGUAGCAGUGAAGGAAAUGAAGGUUCUCUGGGUGUUGGGAAAGAGCAGAAAAUAUAUGAACUUCAGCAGAAGAUUUGUUGGCAGAAACAAGAGGUGAAGGAUCUGAAAGAUAGGUGUUUGUGGAGUAGAAGUUUCGAUGGGGUUGUUUUAUUACUUGUGAGGUUUUGUUUCACUGUUUUAGCAAGGAUUAAGGUUGUUUUUGGGAUUGGUCAUUCUGUGCCUUGUUUGUCACCUAGUUUGUCAACUUCUGCAACAGUUUAUCCCUCUGAUCAGAAUUCCAAUUCUUGUCAUAAAUUCGCUUCUGGGUCAUUGGAAAUCUCAGAGCUUGAAGAGAUCAAAGAACGUUUUGGAAGUGGGUUUUUUGAGUCUAACUCCAAGCUUUUGAAGCCACCUCCUAGUACUUUAGGUGCUUCAGCUUUGGCUUUUCACUAUGCUAACUUGAUCAUAGUGUUGGAGAAGAUGAUAAAGACACCUCAUUUGAUUGGUUUGGAUGCAAGAGAUGAUUUGUAUGGCAUGUUACCUAGCAGCAUAAGGUCAGGUCUGAGGACUAGGUUGAAAGGAAUUGGGUUUUGUGCAAGUGAUCCUGUUCUUGCAGGUGAAUGGAAGGAUGCUUUGGGGAGGAUAUUAGGGUGGUUAUCACCUUUGGCACAUAACAUGAUCAAGUGGCAGAGUGAAAGAAGCUUUGAGCAGCACAAUUUGGUGCCUAAGACUAAUGUUUUGCUUCUGCAGACUUUGUUUUUUGCAAACAAAGACAAGACUGAGGCUGCAAUAACUGAGUUGCUUGUUGGGUUGAACUAUAUUUGGAGGUUUGAGAGGGAAAUGACUGCUAAGGCUUUGUUUGAAUGUGCUAAUUUCAAUGGUUUUAUUAAAUCUGCAAAAACAUAGUUAAUUAAUGAGAUUGGUUUUUAAUUUUCAUGUCCUUUGAAUUCUUCUUACUUCCAUGAUAGGGGUUUUAAUUUUGCUACUUUAAAGGGUUUGUUUUGCUUCUAAGUAAACACAGCACUCUGUAAGUGUAUAGAAUGUAAAUGAUGUUAUAUGUCUUUUUCUAGUUAAA